UACUGUGAUUGGUAGAAGUUCUGCCAGACCGUCUCUUGUUUCCACCCUAAACGGUUUUAAUUUUCGGAGAUUUGAUGUACUAGGUUGUAGUGGAACUGUAAAGUGAAUUUGCAUCAGCAUGGCUCAGCGGGUUAGGAGUAAUAUACAUAGCUUUAGGAAUCAAGAAAAUGUACGUAUUGGGGUGAAGGGUGUGGUGAUGGGUGCACCACCAGCAGCAACCAAGAGAUCAGUUCUUGGUGAGAUUGGAAAUGAUUUCACGGCUUGUGGAGUUGCAGCAGCCAGGAAAGUGGGAGGAGAGGAUGUUAAGUUGCAUGGCGUUCCUCGGAAGCAAAAAGAAGAGCCACUUCCUGUAAGCAAACUUAUUAGAAACAAGUCAUUGUUGAAGAAAUCUUUCAGCACAUCUUCCAUACCAAAGGAAGUUGCAAAUUCCAAUUUAAUUGGUGUUGAAGACAUCGAUAAAGAUGAUAAAGGUGAUCCAGUCCUUGUGCCUGAAUAUGUCAAUGAUAUAUAUGCGUACCUACGAGAAGUGGAGGUAAAAUACCCCAUUAAAAGAAACUACCUAGAAGGCCAAGAGAUAACCAGUAAGAUGCGAGGUGUGCUGAUUGACUGGCUCGUUGAAGUACACCAGCAGUUUCACUUAUUAACCGAGACGCUGUACCUCACUGUCACCAUCAUCGACAGAUAUCUUCAGGAAGUUCAUACGACCACUCGCAAGAAAUUGCAAUUGGUAGGUGUGGCAGCCAUGUUUUUAGCUUCAAAGUAUGAAGAGAUGUUUGCGCCCGAGGUUGGGGAUUUUGUGUACAUUUGUGAUAACGCUUAUGGGAAAGACGAGCUACUGCGGAUGGAAAAGACCAUUGUGCGAACAUUGGACUUCAGUUUCUCCCGGCCACUUCCGUUGCAUUUCUUACGACGAUACAGUAAAGCUGCACGGGCAUUACCGGUGAACCAUGCAAUGGCCAAAUAUUUCCUGGAGCUGAGUCUGGUGGAUUACGACAUGUGCCAUUAUGACCCUUCGUUAAUAUCUGCGGCAGCAUUGUAUCUGUCUCUCUGGUUGUUUAGUAAUGAGAAGAAAGGUGUGUGGACAAAAACCCUGGUACAUUACACCAAAUAUUCCUUCAGAGACAUAGAAGAUCUUGUAAGGAAACUAGCCAACCUUGUGGUAAAAGCAGAUACAUCAAAGAAUCAGGCUGUGAACAAGAAGUAUGCCCAGAGCAAGUUCUUCAAAAUCUCCUGCAAACCAGAGCUUAAGUCUCCUGCUUUGAAGAGACUGGCAGCUUCUUCAUGAGAUGGGCGCAAACAGCAGAAUGUUUGUGAUUGCAUAUGGGACCAGCCUUGUUUUCCAAGCUAUAUUUACUGUGCAGUCAGUUGAUUAAUUAAGUUUAAGACGGUUCUGUAAGUUAAUUAGAGACUGGGUGUUAAACUUUAAUUAAUGUAGAGUGAUGUAGAUUAGUUGUAUCUCAUUACCCAGUAAAGUUUAUGGGUGUGGUAACUAAACUUAUGCCACUAUCAGUCAAAACAUUAUUAUAAAAAUUAACUCAUUCAUUCUGCUUUUAGAAGAAAAAAAAUUACAGAAAUUUAUAUUUAAUUCUUUGUGUGAAGAAUUGCUUUUUACAUGUGCUGUUGAAGAAUGCGUAUCAAUUACCAAUUAAUUACUUAAAAUUGCCCAAUGCUGUAGUUACAGUGUACAUUUGUUUAAUAAUUGUAGUUUUUGUGUUGUGAUAAUGCCAUGAAUGGCGUGUCUUAUUCCGUCUUAAGGAGAUUAAAUAAUUUGUUUUUGAAGUUGACUCUUACACACUGUAGAAACAGUCUGUGGGGAAAAUGUAGGACUGCAGAACCACAUAUGGUUGUAGGAAGGCUAAAGGUAAAUCUAGUACAUGAUUGUGUAUUUAUUAUAAAAACAUUUUAAUGUUAGCAUAUUGCAUGUUAUAUUUAGACAUGACUACAAAAUCUGAAUAUUUAUGUGAUCUGAUUCAAAUAGAACAUGGCAGAGUGCCUGUGUUAGUCAUAAGAGGUUUGAGAAUGAUAAUUCUUUUAAGUAAUUGCUGCUUGAUGUAUGGAAGUCAGGCAUUUUAUAACCAAUGUUUUAUGGUGAAAAUGUAGGAAUUUUUACUUGGACUCUAAGCACCAUGCCUUAAUGCUAUGAGUUUUACCAAUGAACAGUGGUGUGAAAAAUUAAUCUGUAUCUGUUAAGUUUUCAGUAUUGUAUUUCUGGACUAAUAAAAUGUUCCUUUAAACCAGUUACUGUCAACUAGCUGCA